UCGACACCAGAGGAAGUGGUAGAUAAAGUGAAAGACAGGGGAGAGAGUAAAGACAGGGGAGGAGAGUGAGAUAAAUAGAAUAAGAGAGAAAGUUAAAAGCAAUUUCACUUUUAAAAUAGCUAAGCCAUAAGACAAUGUUUGAACUGUAUGGGGUGAGCAGAGAUGGUAUGGUUUUUCACUCCCCACCUCCUAGACGAAAAGACGUUGACAUACUUGAAACAUGUCUUCAAUUAUCUUCACCGGAAUUAAUGAGAAAAUUGCCAAACGGUGACGCUUUGCAUCAUCUUAAAAAUAAUUCACGAGUCUCUACGUUAGUUGCUGAUAAAGACAAAGAACCAGCGCGAGAACGAGGCCGUAGUACAGGAAGACGGUGGCUCGUAAUGUGCGGAGUAUUUUUUCUAGGCUGUGCUUUGGUAGCUGGAGUAGGUUUACCUUUAGCCUUAGAGUUACGUAGCUCUCAUUUACUUGAAGCAAGACUCCAAGUUGUCAAAAGAAUACUCAGCGAAACUCCUCUGAUAGAUGGACGGAAUGAUUUCGCUUGGAAUCUUCGAAAGCACCGGGGUACUCAUUUACGGGAUUUCCCAUUCGAUAAAGACUUAUCAUUGAAUGCUAGUUUUGAUAACUAUUGGCAGACUGAUCUUGUGAGACUUGAUCAUGGGAACAUGGGCGCACAGUUUUGGUCAGCUUACGUUCCAUGCGAAUCACAAUUUUUGGAUGCCGUUCAAUUAACUUUGGAACAAAUAGACAUUGUGAGAAGACUGACAGCUAAGUAUCCAUCAAGAAUGAGACUCGUUACUUCGAGUAAGGAAUUGGAAAAAGCUCACAAAGAUGGUGUGCUUGCAAGUCUUGUUGGUAUUGAAGGUGGCCACAGCAUUGGAGCAUCAAUGGCUGUAUUACGGAGCUUCCAUUUACUUGGCGCGCGAUAUAUGACAUUGACACAUAAAUGUAACACACCGUGGGCUGAUUCCUCUUCAGUAGAAGAUCCAAAUGAAGACGCACCGCUAGACUUUCACAGUGACGGUCUAUCUACUUUUGGUAAAUCAGUUGUGAAAGAAUUAAAUCGAUUAGGAAUGCUUGUAGAUCUUUCUCAUGUUUCUAUUCGUACGAUGAAAGACACGCUGUCGAUGACUAAAGCUCCGGUAAUAUUUUCUCACAGUGCUGCUCGUGCACUUUGCAAUUCAUCCAGUAACGUUCCUGACGAUAUACUCAGAUACUUGUCACUGAACGGUGGCCUGGUGAUGAUCAGCUUCGACAGCGCUCAUCUUAGCUGUGGAGACGCAGCUUCUAUGCAUGAUGUAAUCGCGCACAUAAAUCAUAUAAGAAAAACCGCAGGGGUUAAUCAUGUAGGUCUUGGUGCUGGAUAUGACGGUAUAAUGAGUCCACCAACAGAACUUCCUGAUGUCUCUGGUUAUCCUUUAUUAUUGGCUGAAUUAACGCGAGAUCGUCAAUGGUCUGCAUCAGACAUAAAGAAACUCGUGGGUGGAAAUUUGAUUAGAAUAAUGAAAGAAGUUGAAAAUCACGCCGCUUCUUUGUCCAAUCAGUCACCAAAUGAGGAAUGGAUACCUCAAGAACUUAUCGAGGACACGUCUUAUUGUCGUUAUCACGAUGAAUAA